CGCUCGCGCAUGUUCCAGAUUAGCCAAAUCAGCCAACAAGUCCCCGACGAAAAAUGUCCAACCCGGCCCUGCUCGCAGCAGCAGCAGUCGCGGUCACCUUGGCGCUGAUAAGCCCUUCGGUGGCGACGCGUGCAAACUUCGACCCGAACGAGUUCUGCCGGGGCAUCAACGCCGGCAUCUUCCCCCACCCGGACGGGAGUCUGUGCUUCCAGUACGUGUCCUGCCUGUUUGGCGAGGGCUUCGUGUACGAGUGCAACGAGGGAUUCGUGUUUGACGCGGACAAGUUUGUGUGCGUCCCCGGGGAUUGGGCGGAGUGUGAGGAAGGGGGGACGGUGGAUCCGGACCUGGAGCGGAUCUGCGCGGAUGUUUCGCUGGGGGUGUUUGAGUACGAGCGCGAUUGUGGGAAGUUUUUGUUCUGCAAUCGGGGGGAGGCGCAGGUGAUGGAGUGUGACGCGAACGAGAUUUGGGUGCAGGAGCGGGGAGUUUGUGCGGUGGGGAGCAGGGAUACCUGCGAGGAGGGAGAUUUGUUCUGUAUGGGACGACCGGAUGGGGCGAUUGAACAUCCGGACGGUUGCCAUCUGUUCAUCGAGUGCAGGAAUCAGAUUCAUACGGUGGUGACUUGCAGUCGUGGUUACGUGUUUGAUGGACAAGGAGGCUGCGUUGUUGGACAUAGUGAAACGUGCGAGACUUCGCAGGAUCUGUGUGAUGGGGAUCAGGGAGUGAUGCACCCGCAUCCGGAGUUUUGCGAUCUGUUCGUGGAGUGUGACGGGAGCUAUAUGAGGGCGGUAAGCUGUGGAAUCAAUGAAAUCUUCCGAUAUGAUAUUCAGUUCUGCGUUCCUGGAAAUCCGGACACUUGCAUCCCAAGUAGACCAGAGGUCGCAUGUGAAGGUAGACCCGAUGGUAUCAUCCCACAUCCGGACGAGUGUAACAUGUUCAUCGUUUGCACGAAUGGAGUGUCGAGUUCGCAUAAUUGUCCCCACGGAGAGAUUCUACGACCUGAGCUUCCGUUCUGCGUAGCUGGAGACUCGGAAACCUGUGAGUUCCUGGAUGGCGUGUGCGUUGGUCGACCGGAUGGAUUCGUGAUCGAACAUCCCAACUACUGUGGAAGCUUCAUCUGGUGUCAGGGUGGACAGGUGCAGAUUCAUCCGUGUCCUGCUGGAGAGAUUCUCCGGGAAGAUAUGCAGUUCUGCGUUCCUGGAGAUUUAAAUACCUGCGAGUUUAGUCCGGUUGAGAACAUGUGCGAUGGAAGGAUGGAGGACCUUCGAUUCCCUCAUCCGGAUCGUUGUGAUCAGGUUGUGAUUUGCUCCGGCGGUAGUCAUUCUGUUCAGAGCUGUCCGCCGUAUACGAUCGUUCAGCCGGGAAGCAUUCAGUGUGUUCCAGGUAAUCCGGAAAGCUGCGAUCUCUACACGGAUAUGUGCAUUGGUCGACCCGACGGAGUCAUUCCGCAUCCAUCGCGUUGUCACCUGUUCAUCAACUGUCAAUCCGGACAGGUGCAGCUGCAAUCAUGCCCUGAUGGUCAUAUCUUCGAUUCGUCCGAUUCACAAUGUGUACCCGGAAACGUCGAAACCUGUGACCACCUGGAUGAGUACUGCGUCGGCAAGGAGGAUGGAGUGAUUUCGCAUCCCAACCGAUGCGAUCUGUUCAUGAUUUGUGCGGGAGGUGUCACGACGGUGCAUCCUUGCCCGACGGGAGAGAUCCUUCGUCCGGAUAUGCAGUUUUGCGUCCCUGGAAACAGCGCCACCUGCCAGUUUGAUCCCGUAGAGCAGAUGUGCAAUGGUCGUGAAGGCCCGUUGGUGUUCCCUCAUCCGUAUGACUGCUCACUGCUGGUGAGAUGUCAGGGCGGUCAGUACACGAUCGAGUCCUGCCAGGAUGGUGCAGUUGUUCAACCUGGUCAGAUCACCUGCGUUGCAGGCAACAGAGACACCUGUGAGCUGUACAAUGAUCGUUGCGUUGGAAUCCCUGAUGAUCGUAUCCCACAUCCGUCGGAAUGUCACGUAUUUCUGCAGUGCAACGGUGGCGCAACCAACGUACAAUCUUGUCCGCGUGGAACAAUCUUCCAAGGUCCUUCAUGCGUAGUCGGCGAUCGCGAAUCAUGUGAACUUCUCGAUCAAACCUGUGAACCAAUCCGAGAUCCAACCAUCCUCGAACAUCCCAACUUCUGCGAUCUUUACAUCGAAUGCCGCGACGGAACGACGACGCUGCGAACCUGCUCUCCAGGGUUGAUCCUGCAUCCCAACAUGCAAGUAUGCUCGCCGGGAGAUUCCCACAGCUGCAACUUCCGAGAGAUUGAAGAUAUGUGCGUGGGUCAACCGCUGAUCCGAUUCCCACCGCCAAGUCAAACGCAGUGCGCUGAAUACGUUACCUGCUCCGGUGGAACUCCCACGGUCAACAGCUGCCGCGAUGGAACCGUGCUGCGACCUCGAUUCCUGGACUGCGUCGCCGGAAACGAGCAGACCUGUGCCAACUUUGCCCACAUCUGUCUGUUCCGGCCGAACGAGUACAUCGCUCAUCCGGCCCGGUGUGAUAUGUUCAUAUCGUGCGUUUCGGAGAUUCCGAACGUGGUGGACUGCCCAGCAGGGCACAUUUUCAACUCCUUCACGAGAACGUGCGUGCCCGGUGAUGCGCAAACCUGUGAAACGUUUGACAACUUGUGCCGAGGAUCACCGAAUGGAGUGCUGCCUCAUCCUGGGAGUUGCAACAUGUUUAUUCGAUGCAUCGAAAGUAACGCAAUGGUAGAUUCUUGCCCGGUUGGGAACAUCUUCCAUCAAGCAUCCGGAGAUUGUGUACCGGGUAACGCCCAGACCUGCAAUCUGUACAACGACCGUUGCUCCAACCAGCCGAACGGGGUCAUCGAGUUCCCCGGAAGGUGCGAUCUGUUUAUCGCGUGUCACGAAGGCACCUCAACGGCUCACCAGUGUCCCUCAGGGGAGAUUCUCAACGUGGACAUUCAGUUCUGCAUGCCAGGUAAUCCACAGACGUGUGAAUUUGAUCAAGAUCCGGAAGAUCCCGUGCUUAGCAUCUGUCAAGGGCGUGAAGACGGACAAUUCGUGCAUCCCUUCUUCUGCUACCAGUUCAUCCAGUGUUUGGGAGGUCAGACCAUAAUUGGGACCUGUCCUGCAGGGCAGAUCUUCGUACCAUCGUUGGGACGGUGUGCCGCUGGGGAUGCGUCGACUUGUGAAGCGGAAGACAGUGGACCUCCUGGCGGUGAGGUGACGGACGACCUGUGCACCCGGACUGGAAUCUACAACGUUGCACAUCCCAAUCUGGAUCUUUGCUGGAUGUACGUCCGGUGUGUAUUCCGGGUGGCGUUCGAGAUGGAGUGUCCGAUAUUCCAUGUGUUUAGUCCGGUGUUUGCGAUUUGCGUUCCAGGGGACCGGAAUAACUGCUAGUCAUCGUUUAGAUAAGUGUGAUAAUUUCAUUCCUUGAUAAGGUAUUAUUGAUUGAGUCCAUCGAGCGCGGUGGUCAAGUUGUUAUCUGUUGAAUAAAUGAUAAACCAAUGAAAUAGUA